UGAAUUCGAAUAUGUUUUAGCUUCGACUUCGACUGAAAAGUGAAAGUAAGCAGUCAUUGAUAUUAUAGCAAUGCUUUCUGCAACAUGCCGACAGGGGGCUACGUAGCAUACUACCAAACGGAGCUUCAGGCGCCUGACUGUUAUUGGGAUUUCUACUCAAGGCCAGUGUGUUCAUUGGUGUUCGGUGUCUCGGAAUCUGCUCCAAGUGGCGGAGAGGAGACCUCACAAAUGGGAUUGGACGAUUCUAAUGGAUUGCCAAUGGAAACCAUUUGCAUCAUCCAAUCCCAUUUGUGAUGGGUAAUUCUCUCACUCCUACUUUCCUGGAAGAAAGUCGUAAAGCGGUCAAAAUUUCCUUUGAGAACUUAUCUUUUUUGUAAUUUUUAUUAACAUUUUUCCUAAUUACAUACGAACAAAGACUAAGUUCUAAUAAUUCCUUUUUGUAUAUCCUUAUUUCAUUCACUACCUCAAGUUACCCAUAAUUCUUUACGUUAGAGUUCUGCUAUCUAUGCAUAGUAUGUAAACCGGUCACUAACAGUCACGAAUCACUAUUUGAAUUUGUAGUUUUGUUUACUCAGUGUAAAUAUAUAUAAAUCAGUAUAUUUUGAUGCAUUUGUAACAUAGUUUUUGUAAUUCAAGAUGCAUAUUAAAAGUAUGGUGUUAGAAGGUUUUAAAUCAUAUGGAAAAAGAAUUGAAAUAGUUGGUUUUGAUAAAGAGUUCAACGCGAUCACAGGAUUCAACGGUAGCGGCAAAUCAAAUAUUUUGGAUGCAAUAUGCUUUGUUUUGGGUAUUACAAAUCUUGGCCAGGUGCGUGCAGCAUCAUUACAAGAUUUAGUCUAUAAAUCUGGACAAGCUGGUAUUAAGAAAGCUAGUGUUACAGUUACAUUUGACAAUAGCGAGAGAACCUCUUCUCCAAUGGGAUAUGAACAUUAUGAAGAAAUAACAGUAACGCGACAGGUUGUUAUCGGUGGGAAAAAUAAAUAUUUGAUCAAUGGUUCCAAUGUCCCAAACAAACGUGUACAAGAUAUGUUUUGUUCUGUACAAUUGAAUGUGAACAAUCCUCACUUUUUAAUUAUGCAAGGGAGAAUUACAAAAGUUCUUAAUAUGAAACCUGUAGAAAUUUUAUCUAUGAUAGAGGAAGCUGCAGGUACAAGAAUGUAUGAGAAUAAGAAGGAAGCUGCCUUAAAAACUAUAGAGAAGAAAGACAGUAAAUUAAAUGAAAUAAACGAUAUUUUAAAAGAAGAGAUAGGUCCAAAAUUAGCAAAACUCAAAGAAGAAAAAGCGCAAUAUGUAGAAUUUCAACGUAUAGAAAGAGAAUUAGAACACUGUAAAAGAAUUUGCCUUGCUUGGAAAUAUGUGAAUGCUAUAAAUGACAGUGAAAAGGCAGAAGGAAGCGUACAAGCAGUUAAGGAUAAAAUAAAUGAAAAAAAGAAAAGCAUUACCGAUGGCGAAGAAGAACUUAAAGAUAUAGACAAAGAAUACAAUGACAUUACCUCGAAAAGAGACACAGAAACAGGGGGUCAGUUACAAACUUUGGAAAAGGAAUUAGGAGAAACUGAAAAGAAGCAAUUCAAAUUAUUGGCUGAGGUUAAUAGUAGUAAAGAAGAUAUCAAAGCUGCUAAAAAGGCUGUAGAAGAACUGAAGACCAACAUAAAAGAUGACGAAGAUGCUUUUAUAUCAAAACAGAAAGAAUUUGCUAAAGUCGAAGGGCUUUUCAAACAAUUAAAAGAGACAGAUCAGCAAGAUUGUAAAGCUGUACAGGCUGCGCAAGAAAAAUAUCAAAAAAUUACUUCUGGUUUAUUAGAAAGUCAAGAUGGUGAAAAUGCGACGUUGGAACAGCAAUUAAUAGCAGCAAAACAGUCUGCAACAGAAGCACAAACACAAUAUAAACAAUGUGAUAUGACAUUAGCACAUAAUAAGGAACAAUUAAAAAAGAAAAGAACGGAUCUUAAAAACACUGGGGACGAAUAUAAAAAAUAUACUAAAGAUCUUGAUGAUAAGGAGAAAGAGCUAAAAAAUUUGGAAAAUCAACUAAACAAAUUAGAUUAUCAAGAUGGAACUAUAGAAUCAUUAAAACAGCAAAGGCACACACUGAGAAAUGAGAUAAGAGUGUUGGAGGAAAAAGUAGAUCACUUUGAAUCCAGAUAUCCACAAAUUAGGUUUGAAUAUCAAAAACCUGAACCUAAUUUCAAUCCCAAGUCUGUGAAAGGUGUGGUAGGCAAAUUAAUUACUGUUAAGGAUAAAAGAGCGGCGUAUGCCUUAGAUAUUGUUGCAGGUGGAAAGUUGUACAAUGUAAUAGUUGAUACAGAAACAACAAGUAAAAAGUUACUUCAACGUGGACAGUUACAACAACGCGUUACCAUUAUUCCGUUGAACAAAGUAAAUGGUAGACCAAUGGAUAAUCAAAUGGUUCGUUUGGCACAAAAGAUAGGAGGAGAAGAAAAUGUACAAAUGGCGUUAUCACUUAUAGAAUAUCCGGAAGAAACUCGGUCAGCAAUGACUUGGAUUUUCGGACAAAUAUUCGUUUGUAAAGAUAUCGAUGUUGCUAAAAAGAUUGCGUUUCACGAAAAGAUUAUGAAAAAAUGCGUCACCUUAGAAGGCGAUGUUGUUGAUCCUGCCGGUACACUGUCUGGUGGUGCUGCAUCUAAGUCUGGUUCUGUUCUGUUAAAAUUAGAAGAGUUGAAAGCUAUACAGAAAGAAUUAGACAUUAAACAACAAAGUUAUCAAAAGGUUGAAACCGAUUUGGCAAAUUUGUCGAGCGUUGCUGAGCAGUAUAUGUCUUUAAAACAAAAGUUUGAUUUACGUAAUUAUGAAAUUGGUGUAAUUAAACAAAGGCUAGAACAAACUAUAUAUUAUAAAAUAAAAGAAGAGAUUGAUGAGUUGGAGAAAAAUAUUGAAGAACUUGUACAGAAAAUGGCAAAUGCAGACAAAAUUGAAAAAGCAAAUAUUAAACGGGCUGGAGAAUUGGAACACCAACUGAAGGAUUCUGCUAAUAUUCGCGAGAAACAAUUGAAAGACACUGAGAAGGAACUAGAAAAACUUAAAAAGAAAGCAGUGAGUAGUCGUAAGGAAUGGCAAAAACGAGAACAAGAGGCAGAAACACUUGAACUAGAAAUUAAAGAGUUACAACAGAGUAUUGAAGCUGGAAAAGAACAGUUACAAGCAUCUGAAGAGAAAUUAAUUUCACAACAAGAAGCAGAAACUGAACUAGAAGAAAAAUUAAAGGAAAUAAAAGCUGACGUGAAACAAUUGCAAUCUGACAUAAAAGAACAUAAAGAAAUUAUUAAUAAACAAAAUGUUCAUAUGCGAAAGCUUGUAGAAAAGAAAGAAGAAAUAAUAAAACGGAAUAAAGAUGCAGAAUUAGAUAUUAAAAAAUUAAAUCAUGAAAUUAAUUCAAUUGAAAGUUGUGCUACUGAGUGCAAACAAAAAGUUACGGAACUUUUACGAAAGUACGAGUGGAUUGAACAAGAUAAGAUCUAUUUUGGGAAAGCUGGUGGUAUUUAUGAUUUUGAAGUUAACAAACCUGAUGAGAUGAAACAAAAAGUAAAUAGAUUACAAACGUUUCAUGAAAAAUUAAGUCGGAACAUUAAUACGCGAGCUAUCAGUUUAUUUGAUAAAGAAGAAGAGCAAUAUAAUGAAAUGAUGAAGAAAAAGAAAAUUGUUGAAAAUGAUAAGAAGAAAAUAUUGGAGACAAUUAAACACUUGGAUGAAAAGAAAAGGGAAACUUUGCUUACAGCUUGGAAACAGGUGAACAAAGACUUCGGAUCGAUAUUUAGUAGUUUGUUACCAGGAGCCGAUGCAAAGCUACAAGCUCCUGAAAAUCAAUCAGUCACAGAUGGCUUAGAAGUGAAAGUUGCCUUUUCCGGUAUUUGGAAAGAAUCGCUAGGUGAAUUAUCUGGGGGACAGAGAUCCUUAGUAGCAUUGUCAUUGAUUUUAGCUAUGCUUUUAUUCAAACCGGCUCCUCUGUAUAUUUUGGAUGAAGUUGAUGCUGCUCUGGAUCUCUCUCAUACAGAGAAUAUUGGUAUAAUGUUAAAAAGACAUUUUAAACAUUCACAAUUUAUUGUUGUAUCAUUGAAGGAUGGAAUGUUCAACAAUGCUAACGUAGUAUUUACGACUAGGUUUGUUGAUGGAAUGUCAACAAUAUCUAGAAGUGAAAGAAUAAGAAAUAAGUAAAUAUAGAUUAAAAUGCGUAGAUUUAUGUGUAUAAAUAAAUUAAUAUUUUUAUAUCUUAUGUCGAAAAACUACAUAAUGUAAUAUAAUAAAUAUAGAAUAUGGAAUUACGGCAUCCUCAAAUCCUUAAAAUGCAAUAAGAAAUUAGGUGAACAAACAUUAAGGGCAUUGUGAUUAAAGCUGACAGGGCCUGCUUCUUAAAUAUUUUUACAAUAUGUUGCAAUUAUUAACAGUCAGUACAUUAAAUAUCUUACAGAACUACAAAGAAACAGUAAAUUUCAAACGUGAAGAAAUUUAUUACUGUGGAAUAUUUUUAAUCAUUGUAUAUCUAGAUUUUUAUGAAAUGUUAAUUAUUUAAGUUUUUAAGUACGUAAGUAUAUUUCAAAACUUAUUUAAAUAUAUGUAUCUUCAAAAGAAAA